ACAUUGGCUGUCGGCCCCAGCGUCUGCAGCGCGGGAGACUAGUUGAACUGCCGCGGGCGCUGUGGCUGGGCGGGCGCACCAUGGAGCGGCUGCGGGACCUGCGGGAGCGGCUGCAGGCGUGGGAGCGCGCGUUCCGGCAGCAGCACGGGCGGCGGCCAAGCCAGGACGAUGUGAAGGCGGCGCCGGAGGAGACCCGCGCGCUCUACCGGGAAUACAGUUCUCUGAAGCGGACGGUGCGUCAGUCCGGUGGCGGCGGCGGGCCCCGCAGCCCAGAGUCGCUCCCCGCGGCGGCCGAGGAGGCGCCAGAGCCACACUGCUGGGGGCCCCACCUGAAUCGGGCUGCGACCCAGAGUCCACAACCUACCCCAGGGCGGAGCUGUCAGGGCUCGUUCCGGGACUAUGGGCAGCGACUCAAGGCCAAUCUGAAAGGCACCUUGCAGGCCAGCCCAGCUCUGGGCCACAGACCUUGGCCUCCAGAAAGAUCCUCAUCCAAGACACCCAUCCCAAAGCUCCCAGGCACAGGACUUGUCCCCACCUUUGCAGAAAAAGUCAGUGAUAUGCCUCCACAGCCUUCUGGGCCCCGGCCAAGGCCUGGUCGGCUCCAGCACCUGCGGGCAUCCCUGAGCCUACGGCUGGGCUCCCUAGAUCCUGGCUGGUUGCAACGGUGUCACAGUGGGGUCCCAGACUUUCUGGGGGCCCCCAAACCCUGCAGGCCUGGCCUAGGCUCAGAGGAAUCACAACUUCUGACCACCGGUGAGUCCGCUGUCCUUGGUCCUGGUGCUCGCUCCCAGGGCCCAGAGGCUUCAGCCCUCCAAGAAGUCAGCAUCGGUGCAGGGAGCCCCCAACCCAGCAGCAGUCGAGGCGAGAAGCGGAGACGGAAUGAGGUGCCCUGGGGGAGCCCCACACAGGUCCAGCAGCAGAGCAGUCAGGCUGGACCUCCGUCUGAGGCGGCUGAGGCCAUAGCACUUGAGGAAGACUCUCCAGGGGAACCUGUACAGGCACAGCCACCUCAGCCCUGCAGCAGUCGGUCGACCCCCAGGUACCACAGACUCAGCCCCUCCAGUCAAGCCAGGGCAGAGAAGGCUGAGGGCAUAGCCCACUUGCACAUUUUCCCUAGGAUGGCUGGCCAUGACAGGGGCAAUUACGUACGGCUGAACAUGAAGCAGAAACGCUAUGUGCGGGGCCGGGCACUCCGUGGCAGGCUUCUCUGCAAGCAGGCACGGAAGCAGAAGUGGCGAAAGAAAGGGGAGUGUUUUGGCCGUGGUGAUACCACAGUCACAAUCAAGGAGUCUUGUUUCCUGAAUGGGCAGUUUGAUCACAGGGCACCCCAGUGUCCCCAGCCAGCAAGUGAGGAAGACACAGACCCUGAUAGGCCUGAGCCACUGGUUCCUGCGCUACAGCCUGUGCCUGAGUUGCCUGGCCUGGCCCCCACCGUGCUGCCACUCUACUCCCUGGGGCCCUCAGGGCAGGUGGCAGAGACGCCAGCGGAGGUGUUCCAUGCCCUGGAGCAACUGGGGCACCAAGACUUCCGCCCCAGGCAAGAGCGUGCGGUCAUGCAGAUCCUCUCUGGCAUCUCCACGCUGCUGGUGCUGCCCACAGGGGCUGGCAAGUCCCUGUGCUACCAGCUUCCGGCACUGCUCUACGCCCGGCGCAGCCCCUGCCUCACACUGGUCAUCUCUCCCCUGCUGUCACUCAUGGACGACCAGGUGUCUCGCCUGCCCCCGUGUCUCAAGGCAGCCUGCAUCCACUCGGGCAUGACCAGUAAGCAGCGGGAGUCUGUCCUGCAGAAGGUUCAGGCAGGCCAGGUACAUGUGCUGCUGCUGACCCCCGAGGCACUGGUGGGAGCCGGGGGUCUCCCUCCAGCCACACAGCUGCCUCCAGUGGCUUUUGCCUGCAUCGAUGAGGCCCACUGCCUCUCCCAGUGGUCCCACAACUUCCGGCCCUGCUACCUGCGUGUCUGUAAGGUGCUUCGGGAGCGGAUGGGCGUGCAUUGCUUCCUAGGUCUCACGGCCACAGCCACACGCCGCACAGCCAGUGAUGUGGCCCAGCACCUGGCUGUGGCCGAAGAGCCUGGCCUCCAUGGGCCAGCCCCAGUUCCCGCUAACCUGCACCUUUCCGUGUCCAUGGACAGGGACACAGACCAGGCUCUGUUAACUCUGCUGCAAGGCGAACGCUUUCGAAACCUGGAUUCCAUCAUCAUUUAUUGCAACCGGCGGGAGGACACAGAGCGGGUUGCUGCACUUCUCCGAACCUGCCUGCAUCCGGCCCAGGGCCCAGGGCCUAAAGGUCGUGCCCCCAAAACCAUGGCUGAGGCCUACCACGCAGGCAUGUGCAGCCGGGAACGGCAGCGGGUACAAAGGGCCUUCAUGCAGGGCCAGCUGCGAGUGGUGGUAGCCACAGUGGCCUUCGGGAUGGGGCUGGACCGGCCAGACGUGCGGGCUGUGUUGCAUCUGGGGCUGCCCCCAAGCUUUGAGAGCUAUGUGCAGGCCGUGGGACGGGCCGGGCGUGACGGGCAGCCUGCCCACUGCCAUCUCUUCCUGCAGCCCCAGGGGGAAGACCUGCGAGAGCUGCGCAGACACGUGCACGCCAACGGCAUGGACUUCUGGGCCGUCAAGAGACUGGUGCAGCGCGUAUUCCCAUCCUGUACCUGCGCCAGGCUGCCCGCAGAGCAGGAGGGGGCCAGGGGUGGGGACAUCCCUGUGGCCGAGUCCCCCCCUCAAGAGGUGGAGCAGCUUGGUGGCCGCCAAGCAGCCCCAGGACCUAGAAGGGCCUGUGUGGGCCACGAACGGGCACUCCCAGUGCAGCCGACCGUCCAGGCCUUGGACAUGCCAGAGGAGGGUGAGGAACCCAGGGUAAACCACGGGGGUGUGGAUGGGCCGGCCCCACGUUCCCUGAGCCCUGCUCUGCCCCCAGCCAUCGAGACUUUGCUGUGCUACCUGGAGUUGCACCCACGGCACUGGCUGGAGCUGUUGGCGACCACCUAUGCCCGUUGCUAUCUGCACUGCUCUGGCGGCCCUGCCCAGCUCCAGGCCCUGGCCCACAGGUGUCCCCCUUUGGCUGUGUGCUUGGCCCAGCGGCUGCCUGAGGACCCAGGACAAGGCAGCAGCUCAGUAGAGUUUGACAUGGUCGAGCUGGUGGACUCCAUGGACUGGGAGCUGGCCUGUGUGCGGCGGGCUCUCUACCAGCUGCAGUGGGACCACGAACCUCGGACAGGUUUGUGGCGGAGCACAGGGGUACUUGUGGAGUUCAGGGAGCUGGCCUUCCACCUUCGCACCCCAGGUGACCUGACCGCUGAGGAGAAGGACCAGAUCUGUGACUUCCUGUAUGGCCGUGUACAGGCCCGGGAGCACCAGGCCUUGGCCCAUCUGCACAGAACCUUCCAGGCCUUUCACAGCGUAGCCUUCCCCAGCUGUGGGCCCUGCCUGGAGCAGCAGGAUGAGGAGCGCAGUACCAGGCUCAAGGACCUGCUCAGCCGCUACUUUGAGGAAGUGGAAGAGGAAGCACAGGGGCCCGGCGCCUUGGGGGAUGCACAGGGUCCCGAGCCAGGGCAGGCCAGGCUCCAAGAUUGGGAAGACCAGGUCCGCCGUGACAUCCGUCAGCUCCUAUCCCUGAGGCCAGAGGAGAAGUUCUCAGGCAGGGCUGUGGCCCGCAUCUUCCACGGCAUCGGAAGCCCCUGCUACCCAGCCCAGGUGUUCGGGCAGGACCGGCGCUUCUGGAGAAAAUACCUGCACCUGAGCUUCCACGCUCUGGUGCGCCUGGCCACAGAAGAGCUGCUGCAGGUGGGCCGCUGACUGCACCGCGUGGAGGAUGUGGGGCAGAGCUGGGAUUGUCAGCGGCAAGGACAAUGACAAGCCCUGGGCAAAACCUGCCACAGGGCGUGGGACGAGGAGGCUCUAAAAGCAGAAUAAAAAGUGCUUACCUUUUU